AUGACCUUUGAUGAAUCAAAAGUACAAGUAAGCCUUCUCGAACUUAGCAAACUACUUCAAGAAGGAGAAAAUAAAGCUACAAUUGUAGAAAAGCAGCUAGAUAAAGUAGAAAAAGAUAUUUCCAUGCUGCUAGAACAGUUAAAGGAGAUAGAAAAAAAGGAGAAUAAGUAG